CCACUCAAAUCCGAGGGGAGGAAAUCGCGAGAGGCCGUGCGCGCGCGCUGCUGCUCCUCCCCGGUCUGCUCUUCUUCUGCGCGUGGAUUUGACCGUGUGCCGUACGCGAGAUCACGGCCAGACGGAUGAGCCGACAAAAGCGCCUGCCUUGAAGUCGGAUAGCGAGAACACCACAGAAGGGUUUAUUCACACCCAGCACCCGAAAGAGGAGCGCAAGCCUUGUGUUUUUGCUGCGUCCGGAGCACCAUGAAGCUCCCGUGCUGGAUAACGCUGCUGCUGCUGCAGACCGCACUGGCCCAGCGCAGCAAAUCUCAACCAAGCGAUGAUGAGAGCUCUGGAGAUGAGCCUUAUGAUGAUGAAGACUUCUACUCUGGAUCCGGCUCUGGCUAUCCAGAUAUUAAAGUUAGACCGACUUCAAUGGGUGUGGCUUUCACUACAGAGGAGCCCCUCCCACUUUCCACCACCCAGGCCACAGGUCCUGCCCCCUCGGCCUCUCCUGCAGCAGAGCCGAGCAGCCCGCCUCCACCCGAGGUAGAGCGUGAGAGCGGUUUGGGUCAAGAUGUCGACAGCAAACUGGAAAUUGACAAAAAGUAUGAAGAGUACGACGAGGAGGAAGAAGUUCGGCCGACGACGAAAGAACAGGAACCUGAAACGGAGAAAGUACAAGAGCGAGAACAAGAUCGGUCGAAGGCUACAGUUGCGCCACGACUCACUGACGUUCCUAUAGUGUUUUUGGGCUCCUCUACUGUUGGUGGAGCGACAGAGACCCCUACUGACCUGGAGGAUCUCGGCGGCAGAGAAGAAGAAACAGAUGAAGAUCUGUAUAUUACUAAAGAAACCAUCAUUUUAGAUCCAUCCAGCGAGACAGAGAUGAUAACAGAUGAGAUCACAACCACCGAGUUUAUACCCACCCCCAUUCCGUCAACCACUGCUAAACCGACUAGGCCACGUCCUGUUCUGACCACUCCAAGCUCAACCCCUGUGCGCCCCAGGCAACCACAGAUCACGCCCAGCAGAGCCGCUCCGACCGAGAGCAGCACUCGUACAGUGAUGACCACAACACAGACGCAAGUGCCAGAUGAAACUGUAAAUAAUGAAGUCGCAGGACCGGGUCCAAGUGGAGAUUUCGAAAUCCGCGAGAAUGAGGUCCGCCAGGGCAAUGAUCUGGGGCGAGGCCGAGCGGUGCCCGGUGUGCCAGGAGAGCCAGAUCUGACCGGAAACACAGUAGAUGCUGCUGGAAGUUCAGCCGCACAGCUUCCACAGAAGAACAUUCUGGAGAGGAAGGAGGUUUUGAUAGCGGUGAUCGUCGGAGGUGUAGUCGGCGCGCUCUUCGCCGCGUUCCUGGUAAUGUUACUCGUCUACCGGAUGAAAAAGAAAGACGAAGGCAGCUACACGUUGGAGGAGCCCAAACAAGCCACCGUCACCUACCAGAAACCAGACAAGCAAGAGGAGUUCUACGCCUAAAACUCCACAUAUUCAUCGUCCUGCAUCUCUCCGACCUCGUCCCGUCUCUAUCUGACCCGUUUUUUUUAAUCUCACACCUUUUCCUUUGAUCCUUCCCUCGUUUCCCUCAUGAGAGUGCCUCUCAUUCCACAGACUCUGAACUUUCUUUUCCAAAAAACAAAAAAAGGAGAAAAAGAUUAAUGUAGAAACAUAGAAUUGUUUGUGGGUGGGGCUUGAGGUUGGGGGUGGGGCCAAAGGGGGACGUGGCAAACAUGAGGGCGGGGCUUGAGUGUACACAUACACAGAGAAGAAACUUUUUUAAGACAUGUUAUUAUUGAUAUGUUUAGAAUCGUUGACCUGGAUUUUUUUUUGUUUGUUUCUUUCUUUGGGGGUUUUGUAAAGACAGAUGUGCACAAUAUUACUCUCAAAUUUAACAUGGGAGAUAGAUGGAAGCAUGAAAAAAAGACAUUUGGGGUCAUGGAGGGAUUGUGCAAGUCAGAAAGAAGAGUUGCAUGGCAGAAGUAGAGGAGAAAUCUGAAGUCUAUACUCGAAAUGCUCUUCUGUCACCAAGGUCACGUUGUGUGGUGCCUUCCAUUUCCCUGGUGCUAGAAACGCAGAGCGAGUAUGUGUGUGUGUGUGUGUGUUUGCAAUCGUACGACCCCAGCCUAGACACACACAUACACACAUACACAACCUGACUCCCUCUGCUGACGAAAGCAUGACAUUACUGUCCGAACAGGGAGCCCGAAACACGUACACACACAGCACAUUAAAAACACUGAGCGUCCGCUGUGAGGGAGCGCAUGCAUAGAAUCAGAGGACUAGCCUCUCCUCUGCUCUGUAUAAAGACUUUAGUAAUCAUUAGUAAUAAUCAAUAAUAUAUCAGCAGCUCUGAAAGAAAGGAAAGCGGCGAUCAUAAUAUUCGUAGUGAAGGAUAUUAUUAUCUAUUUAGCUGUGCAGUAAGGUUUUAUCGGUGUAAAUAUCAACACAACUUUUGUUUUGGUCAUGCUUUUAAUCAUGAUAUCGUAGUUCAAAUUAAAACACAUGCUAUUGAAAAAAUUCACAUGGAUGAUUUUAUAUUUUAACCCCGGGAGGAAUACUGACACCUUUGCUCGGUGGUUUAGUAGUUCUUGGUUUUGUUUUGAAGCACAAACGUUGGACAUUUAGUUUGGAAGUUUCGCAUACAUGCCACACAAACUGCCCUGAUGGACGGUCAUGCUCGAGGUGGAUGGUGUAGGAAAGUGUUGAUGAGGAUCUUGUGUGUUUUAUGGGGGGGGGGGGGGUUGGGUUAUUAGUGCUGUGGGUGACAUAUAAAUGAUAAUUCAGUCAGCAUUUACUCAUCUUGGUGGUGCUUUAAUGUCUUUCUUUUUGGGGUCUCCAGAAAAAGAAAUUGUUAAUUAUGUUUUGCUCGCAUUCAUGUGUAGUUGUGUUAAUUAUUACGCUCUAAAAAACGCUGGUUUGUCUUAAUCCAAUGUUGGGUCAAAUAUCAACGAAUUCAACAUUGGGUUAAUAUUAUAAUUAAAUUUAAAUAACAAUUUUUUUAACCCAACACACUCAAAAAAAAAAAAAACUUGCUGCUUUUUCAAACUAUUUAUCUAAAAUAAGUUGAAAAAACACAAUUCUUAAGGUUAUUUUGGAGAUAACUGAAAUGCUUUGUUCAAUUGAUUCAAAACAAUUAAGUUAACCUAAUCCGUGUUGGGACAACAUGAAAAAACUGUGUGGAACCCAAUAUCUUUUACAGUGUUGGGUCAAAUAUGAAUCAACUGCACUUUAAAAAUGCUGGGUUCCACACAAUUCCUUCAUGUUGUCCCAACACAAAUCGAUUAAGUUAACUUAAUUGGUUUUACAAAUUUAAGUGGAUUGAACAUAAGAUAAAGUAAAUUAAGCCAAAAAUCCUUAAGAAUUGUGUUGUUUUAACUAAUUUUAAGUAGUUUGAACAAGCAGCAAACGUCAUUUUUUUUUAAUGUUGUUAAUUACGUUCUGCUUGCAUUUAUUCAUGUAUUCAUGCUGGGUGGUCUUAAUCCAAUGUUGGGUCAAAUAUCAACAAAUCAAACAUUAGGUUAAUUUUAUAAUUAAAUUUAAAUGACACUAUUUAACCCAACACACACAAAAAACAACAGCUCUUGUUGCUUUUUAAUUUAAAAUAAGUUGAAACAACACAGUUCUUAAGCUUUUUUAAAAACAACUUAAUUGUUUUAUGUUCAAUCCACUUACAUUUGUAAAAAUUAAAGUUAACUUAAUCGAUUUGUGUUGAGACAAUAUGAAGGAAUUGUGUUUAACCCAGCAUUUUUUACAGUGCAGUUGGGUUUGUUCAUAUUUGACCCAACACUGUAAAAAAUGCUGGCCUCCAUACAGUUCCUUAUUGAGGAAUUUGUGCGUUUUCUGGGGAGCUACUGGAGUUUUCUGAAUGCACAGAGAAUAAUGAGAAAGUCAAGAUUGUUUUUAUUUUCCACCAAAUCAAAUUAAAGACCUCCAAAACACUUAUAAUAUACAACACAUCCCAUUGAACUAUGUCUAUGAUUUAUUGGUUUAAGCCAGGCAUGUCCAGGCUCGGUCCUGGAGGGCCGGUGUCCUGCAAAGUUUAGUUCCAACCCCAAUUGGACACACCUGGGCUAGCUAAUCAAGCACUUACUAGUCUUUCCAGAAACAUCCGUGCAGGUGUGUUGAGGCAAGUUGGAGCUAAAAUCUGCAGGACACUGGCCCUCCAGGACAGAGUUUGGACACCCCUGGUUUAAGCAAACCUUAAAGGGAUAGUUCAGCCAAAAAUGAAAAUUUACUCACUAUUUGAGUUGAAGAAAGCUAAAAACCAUCAUUGACUUCCACAGUAGAAAAACAAAUUGAAGUCAUUGGUUGCAGGUUUCCAGUUUUCUUUAAAAUAUCUCCUCACAUUGGGUUUAACAGAAAAAAGAAAGUCAAACAGGUUUGUAACAAGUAACGGGUGAGUAAAUGAUGACCGUAAUUUUAUUUCUGGGUGAACUGUCCCUUUAAGACUAUCAUUUUCUGAGUUUGUCAGAUUCAAAUGUGGUGCUACUAGAGUUUUUUGAAUGCACAGAGAAUAAUGAGAAAGUCAAGAUUGUUUUUAUUUCCCACCAAAACAAAUUAAAGACCUCCAAAACACUUAUAAUAUACAACACAUCCCAUUGGCCAUUCCUAGGAUACUUUUUCAUUGGUUUAAGCAAACCAUAAAGGGAUAGUUCACCCAAAAAUAAAAAUGUACUCCCUAUUGAGUAAAUGAUGACCGUAUUUUCAUUUCUAGGUGAACUGUGCCUUUAAGACACUCAUUUUCUGAGUUUGUCAGAUUAAACUGUUGUGCUAGAGUUGCUCAGAGAAUAAUGAGAAGGCAAGAUUGAUGUUUUGUUUCUCAAAUUAAAGACCUCCAAAACACUUAUAACAUACAACAUGUCCCGUUAGACCAUUUCUAGGAGACUUUUUCAUUGGUUUAAGCCAGUGUUUCCCAACCCUGUUCCUGGAGGCACACCAACAGUACAUAUUUUGGAUGUCUCCGUUAUCUGACCUAUUAACUUCAGGUUUUGGAGUCUCUUCUGAUGUUAUGAUAAGAUGAUUCAGGUGUGUUUGAUUAGGGAGAGGUUGAAAAUGUGGACUGCUGGUGUGCCUUCAGGAACAGGGUUGGGAAACACUGGUUUAAGCAAACCCUAAAGACAUAGUUCAACAAAAAAUGAAAAUUUAUUCACAAUUUAAAUUGAACGGAUAUUUUGAAGAAAGCCGAAAACCUUCAUUGACUUCCACAAUAGAAACACAAAUACUAUGGAAGUCAAUGAUUAUCGGUUUCCAGCUUUCUUCAAAACAUCCUCUAUUGUGUUCAACAGAAGAAAGAAACUCAAACAUGUUUGGAAUAUGUAAAUGUUAAGAAAAAGACAACAGUAUAUUAAUUUUUGGGUGAACUGUCCAUUUAAGAUGCUAUUAUAUGAAUGAGCAUAAAAAAAUCUCCUCUUCAGGUCCCAAAAAGAAAGAAAGGCAUUAAAACAAAGCCACAAUGAAUAAAUGAUGACUUAAAAAUGUCAUUUUGGGUUCAACGAUCACUGCUCCGGGAGGGAAAAUAACACAUCUAACAUAAAGAUAUCCAAGCUGAAAGCCUUUAAACAAGAGCGAUAAGGAAUUAUCAUUUUAUUUCCUCUGUUAUCAUUCUUACGCCAGGAUACAUUAGAGUCAGAAAAAACAAACGUCUAGAAAUGCAUGAAUUAGCAAUAACAAGCGAUCAACAACAGACUCUGUGGUUGACAUGCUCCGAAUGUAUGUGACAUGUCGUGUGGUGUGACGUCAGUGUUAUUCGCAGCUGUAAAAUGACAUUACUCGUCUUGAACACAUAUCAUUUUAAUAAAUAUCUGUGCUAUAGUGAAUAUCCGGGAUGGUAGUGCUCAGUAUCAGCCACCCCCUCUCCCAAAAAUUCCUUUUUUAUAUCCACAGUAAUGAAGAAUUAAACCCAAAUGCAUUUAUAAACACAGUCGCUGAGGGUAAAGCUGCCAUAACACUGAAAACCUGACAUCCAAUAACGCUUCCUGUUAUAUCACAGAUCCUGCGUCCAGAAUGCAUGAUGAUUCAUUUUUUGUGUGUGUGUGUGUGGAAAAAUCGACACUCAAGCAUAUCGGAGGUAGUGUGAGCACAUUCAAGACACACUGCAAUCGUACAGGGUGCACUGUUAAAUAAUAUCUGUUAAUUAAUAGCUUCUGUAUUUGGUGAUUCACAAGUGUUUACUGUUUAUUUAUGGUUGUGAAUUGCAUUAUGGGACUUUGAUCUCUGCUCGGUCGACUUUUAAUGUUGAAAUUCAACUCAAAACGGCUUUUGUUGACACUUUAGUGGUUUGAGAUAAUACAUAAGAAACAAUAUAUAGUGAAAUACGUCUGUAGAAUAACAGAAAAUGUACUGGCAGCUUAUUACCAGGUAUUUGUACCAUAAUAUACAACACCAACCCAGACGAUAUAUCACUUCAAACUGUUAAAAAUAUCAAUAAAAGCUUUUGGCGGAAAGAUCAAGGUCCCAUAAUGCAAUUCAUAAGCAUAAAUAACUAAGUGAACCACAAAAUACAGCAAAUGAUCAAUUUACAGAUAUUUAUUUUACAGUGUGUUUGUACUUCAGUCUAAGAUUGUAACGUCACACCUGUAGAUAUAUUGAAUAUUGUACUAUAUCCUGACAGUGUGCGAGAUCUCCUGCGUAUGUGUGAAUUUGGGCUUGUUUUAAAUCAUUUGCAAGUGUGUCUCACUCCCCAAUUGUUCUUCCAUUUUUUUGUUGGGGAGGGGCUUUGUAUGUACAUACAUACAUACAUACUUGUCUCUCCCUGCACUUAAAAUUGCUAUAUUUGACACUGACAAUUGCACAAACACACCAAACAUGUUACUUUGUAUAUCACAGCCUCGGCCUUAUAAAUGGGACCUUGAGGGAUUUCUGACCCGUCACAGCACACCUUUGAUUAAAUUACUAUAGUAAGAGCCAGUCUCCUGGACAUGGGGGUAAAUUUUCAAACCGAUAAUCGGUUUGCCUGAUAUGUUUUUUAACCGAUAUUUAUUUGGUUAUCUAUUGUUUGGUGGAAAAUUACACAAAUUAGAUGUCUUAAAAAGAGAGAGAGAAUGAUUGUCAUCACUUUAUAGGAUGUUCACAUGGUAAACUUGUAAAUGUAUGCAUAACUAAUACAUUUUUUACAUUAAACAGUGAGAAAUAAAGCAUUUUUAGCCUUUUUUUAAUGCUAGUGGUCUUUAAAUAACUAACCAUAACAAACAAUAAUAGACAAAAUGCAGUUUGAUGCGUUUAUAAAUUGUAGUUUAUCUUAAAUCUUAAAACAACAAAGUUAUAAAAUUGCAGAUAUUUAAAAUAAUUUAAAAUUAAAUAAAAAAAAUUAUAAUUAUAAUUUUUUUUGACUAAAAAAGGCAAUAAUUGUCAUUUAAAAAUAAAAGAAUAAAAUAAAGAUUAAAGUUGAAUAAAAGAUAAUUACAUAAAAGAAAAUUUAAGAUAAAUUGAUAUUUUUUUUGGUCAUAAUUUAUUUGUUAAAAUUAAAACCGAUAUCAAAACAGUUGCACUAAGGAAAUUAUAACAUCUAAAUAUAUCGCAUGUUUUGCUUAAUUAUUCUGACUGAGAAAAUCAAAAAUAAGUUUCAUUUUCAAUUGAUCACAAAACAAGCAACUACAUAAAGCUAAUAAUAAUGCGAGAAAAAAGGCAGGUCACUUUAUUUCAAAUUAUAAUGCAUAUGUUUUUAUGAUAAUGUUGUCAAACAAUUAUAGCAUAAUGCUAUACGUCCAAGGGGUCGGGUCGGGUUUAGUCAUUCAUUCAUUCAUUUUCAUCUGCUUUUCCGGGGCUGAGUCGUGUGGCAGCACGAGAACCCCAGACUUCCCUCUCCCCAGAUAUUUCCUCCAUCUUCUCCGGGGGAAUCCUGAGGUGUUCCCAGGCCAGCCGAGAGACCUAAUCCUUCCAGCAUGUCCUGGGUCUUGCCCGAGGUCUCCUCCCGGUGGGACAUGCCUGGAACACCUCCCUAGGUAGGCGUCCAGGAGGCAUUCGAAACAGAUGCCCGAGCCACCUCAGCUGACUUCUCUCGAUGUGAAGGAGUAGCAGCUCUACUCUGAGCUCCUCCCGGGUGUCAGAGCUCCUCACCCUACCUAUAAGGGUGCCACCUUGCGUAGGAAACUCAUUUCGGCCUCUUGUAUCCAAGAUCUUGUCCUUUCGGUCAUGACCCAAAGCUCAUGACCAUAGGUGAGAGUAAGAACGUAAAUUGACCGGUAAAUUGAGAGCUUUGCCUUUCGGCUCAGAUCCUUCUUUAGUACAACGGAUUGAUACAUUGACUGCAUUACUGCUGCCGUUGCACCAAUCUGCCUGUUAAUCUCACGUUCCAACCUUCGACCACCACCCGUUCGCUACCACCACGUCAAGUGAUUUACAAAAAUCGGAUACAUAUUUAAACCAUUAGUAUUGCCAUAUUGUAUCCAUAACCUACUCAUAAUAAAAACAGUACACUCUCAGAAAUAAAGGAACAGGAGCUGUCACUGGGGCCGUACCUUUUCAAAAGAUACAUAUUUGUACCUGAAGGGUCCAUAAUGGUACCUCAAAGGUACUUUUUAGGUUUAUUUGGGCACUAAAAUUCACCUUUGAGGUACCACUGUGGACACUUUGGGUACAAAUAUGUAUCUUUCGAAAAGGUACUGCCUCAGUGACAGCUCCUGUUCCUUUAUUUCUGAGAGUAGUUUAUAGUUACAGCCUUUUGAUUUAUUUUUUCUUGACUGUAUUGUGACCCUUGGGGUGAUUACAUUACAUUAGGGACACAGCAGUCGCGUCAGAUGCUGCAGAUUGAUUUUAUGGCACCAGGUUAAACUUUCUGGCACAUUUACAGCACUCAAGGUUUCUAUAUUUAUCACAAGAUAUUGGAGUCACGAGUCACUUGCAUUGUUAUUUUGGGGGUCGCGGGUUGAAAAGGAAUUUGGGAACCCCUGUUCUAAGAGACUGGCUCUAAUGACAGAUAUUCACCUCAGCAGUCAUUAGUAUGCAAUUGGAUCUUGAAUAACAUUACUGAAACACAUACGUGCUAAACAUAUAGUUGCAAGCCUACAAUUAGUAUGUGAAAUUCAGGUAUUAAGACGUGAUGAUUGUUUAACACUUUUUUUGUAAGAAAAUAAGAAUAAUCCGUUUGGUGCUGGAGGUCUAAUGUUCUGAUCAAGAUGAUGUUCACCGCUUUCACCCUGCAAUCUAAUCUUAUGAGCAACACUUUCACAUGUCCUUGUAAAUCCACACCUCCCAAGAAACAAAGCAAAACAUGCACCCGUCCAUUCGGGACGUCUGGAGGUCACAGUGUGUGUUAAUGUUAUGGACGUCAGUGGAACUUUUGAGUUUGCGUCGCUGUCUUUUCUACUCAUCCUACCUGUAACCGGUCACUCUUUUUAUUCAUAGCCAAAUAAGAGGCGGGGCUUCCUGUGUCUGUGUGCCAAUCACAGACCUGCGCGGUCCUGGUCUGAUGGUCGCCCGGCGUGGUUUUAUACAUGCACAUUUUUUUAAAGAACUUUUUUCUUUUGGUUUGUUUUUCCUCAUUGGUUGAUUUGUGUAUAAAGAGGCAAAAAGUUCUGUCACUAAUAUGCCACUCUAUUCUAAAUAAAACCUGAUUGGUUA